GCUCGCCCUUGACAAGGGCAGGUAGGCCUAGUCAGAGGACCUGAUGAAAGAAACUGAUAUAGCAGCCUAUAUAAGUCUAUGGAUAGCAGCAGUCUUCGAUAGUACUGCAAAAAUAUAUAUACGACAUUAAACAUUUAUAGUGCCGUAGUGGACCAGUUAAAUUGGAUUUACGUCGUUUGGAAUCAGAAUCAUGAUUCCUCAGUCGAGCAGAGAAUUUGUCUUCAAGAUUGCUGGUUAUUGGAAGCCGCUUUUCAAAGGCAGGUUUCUAAUUGUAACCAAUACUGUGAGCUGUGGGUGUAUGCUAGCCGGUGGCGACAUCAUUCAACAAACCAGAGAGAAACGGAGGGUCCCCGAGAAGGCACGUGACUGGACGCGAACAGGUAAUGUCCAGGACCAAGGACAGCAGCCGAUAGGGAGCCCAAUAUCCACCUUGUAUGAAAUAAAUUCUGAAGCGAAAUGAACCAUGUGCUAGGGGCAACAGAGCCAAUCAUUGUCAUAAAGUAGCCUAACCAAAAUAAAAAUGCAAAGCAUACACAAUGAACUUAAACUAUAAUAUUCCAAACCAUAGUUUUAAUUAUAUGCUUUAUGUUGAUAUUAUUUUUGCUUAUUAUUAUGUUUUCCAACAUCCUAUACAGUAGUUAUGGGUUUCACUAACUGCAAAGAACGUUUUAUUUUCCUGUGUUACUACUGACCUCUGCAGGUUGCAUGUUUGCAGUGGGCUGCUCAAUGGGGCCCUUCAUGCACUACUGGUACCAGUGGCUGGACAAGUUCUUUGUCGGCAACGCUUUACCUGCUGUCAGCAAGAAAGUCCUCACCGAUCAGCUGAUUGCAUCACCGACCAUGGGAGCAUGGUAUUUCAUUGGUGAGAUAUUGAUGUGUUUUUUUUUUUUUUUUCAAGAAGUCAGCAUUUCAGUAUACUGAAAUCCAUGUGUACUUGGACUGUUUCCAGAGAAGGGGAAUUGUCAGGGCAAAAAACAAGAAUUUUCUCAUGGAAAAGCUCACAACAAAACUAAUCCUUGCGAGGGACAUCUAGAUAUAAAUACCACACUUCACUUGUUUUUGUUUUUUUCUUUAUGUAUUUUUUCUUUAUUGUGCCUUUCUCCAGGUAUGGGAAAGUUGGAAGGCCACAGUCUGUCUGAGGGGUUAGAGGAAUUCAAAGACAAAUUCUGGGAGUUCUACAAGGUUAGUGGAACAAUUUGGCUAAGAGUAUGAGGAACAGUUUGAUUAAGAAACCCAAGCCUAUUGUACUGAAUCCUGCUGGCCCGGUUGAUGCUCCUAGAUCUCAGGGUUUGUUUGUGCUCCUUUUCAUUCAAGGCGGACUGGUGUGUUUGGCCCGUGGCACAGAUGAUCAACUUCUACUUCUUGCCUCCUAAGUUCCGUGUCCUCUAUGUCAAUGUCAUCACCCUGGGGUGGGACACCUAUCUCUCCUACCUCAAACACCGUAAGAGCUGCUCUGACGCCAUUUUGUUUUUGUCUAUUCAACAUUACACCGCCAAUGAUUCAGAUGUUCUUUAACAGUAAUAGUAUCGUCUCUGCUGUUCCAGGAGACAAUGUUGAAGGAAGCACUGGAGAUGUCACUGAACUGAAUGAGCCAGAACUGGAAGUGUCAGCAACCAAACAGUUGGAAGAGAAGCUCUAACAUUGGAUUGGUGUCGUUGGGAGCGUCGCAGGACUUGAAUUCGAUGUCAAUGUCACUGACAAUGGCAACAUUCCUUAUCAUGUGUGCCUUAAAAGCACUACCUAAUUCAAGAGUUUUAUACUAAACUAUGGUGAAAAAAUGUGCGCCCACACAAUGCAUACCACAUGUACUGUACAGUGCAUGCAUUUCCACUAUAGACUAAAGCUUUGUCUGGUUGUUGUUGUAUUGAGUGUCUAUUUGCACUAGGUGUAGACGGCUAAUCUACCAACCUAUUAAUGAGAGUGAGACUUGUUUCAGGUGUGCCAAAGUUAACUUUUCAUACUAUAAUGUAAUCUAUGUUGUUUACCCAGUCAAAAUUGUUUAAGUAAUGACUGAUGUGCAGUAAGUUACACAUAUCAUUCUUGUGUAAUAGGCUUAGGCUAAUAUAUGUCUAGUAGGUGACAUGAAUGAAUCCCUUUGUGUUAUUUAAAAAUCCAGUCUUUUAUUUGUAGGAAUAGCCUUUUCAAGCAUCUUAAAAUAUUUAUACAAUCUUAAUAAUCUUUUAUUUAAAUGUUGUAUUUUAAUUUCAACAGAUUCCUUUACUGGUAUGGCUUGAAUGUAUUAAUAUUGAAUAUAAUUUAUAAUAUGCCUGUAGGUUUCCUAGGUUUAUAUUGAAGUUGAAUAAAUGCCUUAUAAUACAGUAUGUCAAAGCAAUACAAUACUGUAGCUGCAAUUGGCCAAAGAUAAGGUUCAUUUCCAAACAAAAUGUAUGUUUAUAAUUGCAUUGUAACAACAUAAACUCCAGGACCGAGAUUCACAAAACUCGCUUAAGAAUAUAUUUCUUAACUGCCAUUUUUUCCUUAAUUAUAGACU